AUGUCGAAUGAAGCAGUUGCUGGUUUUAUUGCCAUUAAAACUCUAUAAAAUAAACCACUACGUUAUUUCGAUGCCAAUUUCAAUGAGUUCAGAGAUAAAAAUAUGACCAUGUAUAUAUAGAAGAAAUAUGCUGAUCUCAAAAGUUUUAUUAAUCCAUCAUAUUAUUUUUAGAACGGACUGGUGUAACUGAAUUACCCAUUCAAACAUUUACAAGCACCCAAUUAUAGAUUAAACCUAAAGCAAAUGAUGGUUUGAAAGAAGUCAAAGCUAAUUAUGAGUUAGAUGAAAAAGUUAUAUAAAUUAUGCAAAAAGUUAUAGACCAAGAAGAAUUAGAUGGUAUAUUGUAAUAAUGUUAAACUUAAUCUGCAACUAAUAAAUAAAAAAAUUGGAAAAAAAAACCAAUCUCUGUUCCUUAAAAAUUAGCACUACUUAUGAAUGAUUAAAUUGAAUAAACUGAUUUGGAUGCUUUAUUUGAUUAAUAUCAAAGAUAAAAUCUUAAAUCUUCUGUAAUUAUUAUUAAUAAAUUUUUAGUUGAAUGAACUAAAAAUAUCAAUCAAAGAUCCAAAAUUGAUUUAUAAAAAACUAAGUAAGGAAGGACUUCAAAAAGUUGAAUUUAAUGAUCAAGAGCAAGUUAAUUUUUUUAUGAAGAAAUUAUGUGAAGAAUAAAAAUUAGAUGCUUGUUCAGUUUUGGAAAUCAGGAAUGGUAUAAAUGAAUAUUUAGUUUAGAAAAUAUAAAAUUUAAAGAAGAUGCUUGGGAUGAAAUGGAGAGAUGGAGAAAUAUAGUAUAAAAACGAAUUACAUAAGAAUAAUUGUAAAAGAUUUUAGUAGAUGAGGAGAUGAAAUAAAAUAAAUAAUUGGUUCAAAUAUUUAAAGAUACAAGAAUUGAUCAAUUUGAUCCUGACUUUUUUAAGAAGAAGGUAAAGAGUAAAACAAUGAAAAGAGUUAAUGAAGCAUAAGAUAGCUAAUAUCAUAAAUUUUUUGUUUAAACAGAUACAAAUAAAAAUACAUUUGGAAAAGAAGAUUUUCUACGAAAGAAAUUAAAUUAUGCAACACCAAAAUCUAGAGUUGAAAAUACAUUAAGAUCUACUAGACCAACAACUAGUGUUAGUAGAUCAUAAAGAGUUUUACAUAGAUCUGAUAUUGAAUUCAAUAAAUUUAUUAAGUAAUGUGAUAAUGUAGAACAUACUUUUCAGUAAAACAAUACAAAGUUAAAUGAGAGAAUCUUGCAAUUAGAUAAAAUGAUGGAUAAAGCAUGUUAAUAUUUAGAAGAAGAUAAACCAUAAGAAGAGAAAGAACCAAAUCAAGAUUUUGAGAGAUUUAAAAAAUAACGUUUAUUCAAAAAGAAAUUCGUCACUUAUUUAAUUGAUAAAGUAGAAAAGUAGUCAGAUUUAUUGAGUUAAAAGAUUAAAACUGUAUAAUCGAAAAAAAUGAUCGAAAAGGUUCUCUCUGAAGAUUUAUGA